AUGCAACCCUUUCAGUUCUUUCCACAAGUAGAUAACAAAGUGAACGUUGUUUCAAUGCAGCCCUUUCAAAUGUAUGUCCCCAACCAUAAUGUGAUGGUUCCACAAGCAUGCCCAGAAAACAUACAGCAGUAUCACCAUCAGCCAAUCUUUUUCGAGCCCCUACCCCCAAUAUAUGUGAAAAACCAGUUGUUGCCAUCUCCUAUUCUGGUACAAAUGCCCACAACCGUGGUUGUUCAGAAUGAGUCCCAACCGGCAAUGGUUCUUAGUCAGCCACCCUCAAACAUCGUAGUCAAGAAUAAUCCACCGACAUCCGUUUUUGUGAAGCAGUCCAAUCCUAAUGUAGUGGUGAAGAAUGAAGCGGCGCCAAAUUAUGUUCAGAGUGUAGAGGCGUGUCAAGAGGGAGUGCUGGCAGAUAUGACCCGCCCUAUGAUGACCACCUUGAACAAAAAUAUAUUAUAA